CCGCGGAGGGGGCGAGGGCGGCGCCCGGGUGCCCGCCGCCCCGGAGGCAGGAUGAGCAUCGAGAUCCCGGCGGGACUGACGGAGCUGCUGCAGGGCUUCACGGUGGAGGUGCUGAGGCACCAGCCGGCGGACCUGCUGGAGUUCGCGCUGCAGCACUUCACGCGCCUGCAGCAGGAGAACGAGCGCAAAGGCGCCGCGCGCUGCGGCCAGGAGGGCAGGACCUGGGGGGACGCGGGCGCCGCCGCCGCCGGGGGCGGCACUCCCAGCAAGGGGGUCAACUUUGCCGAGGAGCCGGUGCACGCUGACUCGGAGAACGGGGAGGAGGAGGAGGCCGCGGACGCAGACGCAGGGGCGUUCACCGCUCCAGUAAUAAACCGAUUCACGAGGCGUGCCUCGGUGUGUGCAGAAGCUUAUAAUCCUGAUGAAGAAGAAGAUGAUGCAGAGUCCAGGAUUAUACAUCCUAAAACUGAUGAUCAAAGAAAUCGAUUACAAGAGGCUUGCAAAGACAUCCUGCUGUUUAAGAACUUGGAUCCGGAGCAGAUGUCUCAAGUCUUAGAUGCCAUGUUUGAAAAAUUGGUCAAAGAAGGGGAACAUGUAAUUGAUCAAGGUGAUGACGGUGACAACUUCUACGUAAUCGAUAGAGGAACAUUUGAUAUUUAUGUAAAAUGCGAUGGUGUUGGAAGGUGUGUCGGUAACUACGAUAAUCGUGGGAGUUUCGGUGAGCUGGCCUUAAUGUACAACACACCCAGAGCGGCCACGAUCACCGCCACCUCCCCUGGUGCUCUGUGGGGCUUGGACAGGGUAACCUUCAGGAGAAUAAUUGUAAAAAAUAAUGCCAAAAAGAGAAAAAUGUAUGAAAGCUUUAUCGAGUCCCUGCCAUUCCUUAAAUCUUUAGAGGUUUCUGAACGCCUGAAAGUGGUAGAUGUGAUAGGCACCAAAGUCUACAACGAUGGGGAACAAAUCAUUGCUCAGGGAGAUUUGGCUGAUUCUUUUUUCAUUGUAGAAUCUGGAGAAGUGAAAAUUACUAUGAAAAGGAAGGGAAAAGUAGAAACGGAAGAGAACGGUGCAGUGGAAAUUGCUCGGUGUUCCCGCGGACAGUACUUUGGAGAGCUUGCUCUGGUGACUAACAAACCCCGAGCAGCUUCCGCACACGCCAUCGGGACUGUCAAAUGUUUAGCCAUGGAUGUGCAGGCAUUUGAAAGGCUUUUGGGACCUUGCAUGGAAAUUAUGAAGAGGAACAUCGCCACCUAUGAAGAGCAGUUAGUGGCCCUGUUUGGAACAAACAUGGAUAUUGUGGAACCCACUGCAUGAAGAAGAAGUGUGGAGCAAGGAGACCUGUAGUGACGAAUCACGCAGUAGUGGUUAGCCCACUGGGAAUGUGUUUGUGUAGAUGCCAAGCGUUUUCUGUGACUUCAGGUUUUUUCCUUUUUUUAUAAUUACAACGUAUCUGUAAACAGAGUAGUGAUUUAAUAGUCAGUAGGCUUUAACAUCACUUUCUAAAGAGUAGAUCAUAAAAAUAUUGACAAACGGAUAAAAUGACUUUCUACUCCACAAAAUUAUGAUUUGACUGACAGGCUUACUCAAAUGGUUGUAAUAUAUUGAAAGUAUCUGUGUUUAAGAAGAUAAUACGAGGAUGUUAUCAUAGGUGGUAUGUGUUCAUUUUGACUUACUGAGACUGCUGUGUUAGUGAUAUGCCCAUGUAAGAGGGGACCUGGCAGUGAAUCAUGCCAUGCAGCAUGACCUUGUAUUCUUUUCACAACUCGUUACAUAGAGUAAGUAGAAUUUUAAUCAUUUUUGUUUUAAAGAUUUUCUGGCUUGAUAAGUUAUGUGCUGGCCUUGGCCUCUUGGUGAAAUGGUACAAAACAUCAUAUGCAAUUUGAAAACCUUUUAUAUUUUUGCAAUAAAGUACAUUUUGACUUCUUUGGCAUAUGUCAGUCACCUACAUAUUCCAGUGGUUUUAAGGACAGGCAAUUUAGUCAUUAUGAUAAUAGGGAAGAGUCUUUUUUAGGUGAGAGGUCAUUAACACAUUUUCCUUAUAAAGACUCUUUCUCUGCUUCCUUUUUUCAUUUUGCAAUUCUCUGUAUUCUUUGGCUUUAAAAAUUAUUUUGACAUGUAAUGUCACAAAGCUUUUUAAAAAAGCUAUUUAAACUUACUUGUCUUCUAAAAGCCUAAGAUCUUAUAUAUGCUAUAAAAGAAAAAAAAAACCCUCCUAUACCAAAAAUAUUUUGGGUCCUUAUCCACAUGCCCACAGGAUAUUUCUUUGUUCUUCACUUAGGCAUACAUAAGACAAUCCUUUGCAGACAUCUGCUCCCAUGUUUUCCUCCAAGGUGGUAGAAAUAAUUUUUUAUAAGCAAAACCAUAUAUAAAGAUAAAAGGGAUUUCUGCCCAUUCCACAUAUACCAUUAGGCCUUGCCAUUUGCUUUAAUCUAGACUCACAGGUAAAAGUGCAGAAGGAACGCAAACUGAAUAGAUUUUCAUAACUGUUGUGCUUAUUGUUCUGCUACAUAAGGUGAAUUUAAUUCUGUUCAGCCAGAGCAAUAUACCCUUACAUGAUUUCUAGGCCUACAUGAUCCCAGUGUCGACAGAGAUUGAUUCUAACCAGUUCACUUUUAAGUGAGCAGUUUCAUUUUGGGAAACAUUUCAAAGAAAUAAUAUACAUGGGUAAAAUUAUUGUGUGGCUGGUGUGGUCUUAUUAGAGAAUGUUUAUGGUCUUACUUGUGUAAUGAAAACGUGGUUAAAAUAUGUUAAUCAGAGACUGUAUAUAUAAGAAGUUAAAGUAUGUAAAGUAUAACUUCAGCCACAUUUUAGAAUACAGUUUAACAACUUUGCAAACUUUCUGGUAGGAAGAGAACUUACUACAUGAGGAUGACUUGUUUUCUAUUUCAGAUUUUAUUUUGAAAGCCAUGUCUGUUAAACAAGAAAAAACACAUCGAACCCCGAAUUCCUGGUUCAUCAUUCUGUGUUCUUAGCUUGAUUCACUUUUUCAAGUUACCUGUUUUGUUGCCUAAGCUGAUUGUUACCUCUUCAUGGGAUAGCAGACAGAUGCCUGUGUAAUAAAGAACUCUGACCAAGGCUGUA